GAUUUUCCUCAAUAUUUUAUGAAAUGGGAAACCAGCAGGUGAAACCAGAAGAGAAGCUAAAGUACAUCAAUCUUGAGGUCAAUUCACUGAGAGCGAGUUUUAGGAGAACCAGAAGUAGGAUUACAAAGACAGGCCAGGAGGAACAUUACCGACACUUAGUGAGAUACUCCAAAGAAGUUAGUGCCCUGAAAGGAAAAGUAAAGGAGAAACAUUUAACAAAAACUCAGGAGAACAUUUCCAAUACUGUAACGGAGGUUCUCUCAACCCCCGUACAUGAACGGGAAUCAAUCUUGGAUUCGGCAGCUAUCGAAACUAACUCAAUCAUUGAAGUGCCUAAGAAUAGAAGACGAUCUUCUUCGAAAACAAUCCCAAUAAAUUUUUCACCCAUAAAAAAAUCCAUAAGCAGUCAGAACAUGUCCAGACACGUUUCAACUUUGGAAGACAUUGAUUUGAAAUUUAAAUCUCUCAAACCACAAAUCAAAACUGCAAUCGAAAAUAAGGAUAGUACCCAACUGCGAGUUCAUAAGAAGACUAUCGAAGUACUCGCAACAGAUCUUGAAAUGAUUGAAAUUUCUGAGGAUACCCCUCUUGGCGAUAGAAAAGAAAAAUUGGUAUCUUCUCUCACUUCACAAUACCAAAAAAUCAACUCUGCUAUGAAAGAGAUUCGAAGAAGUAAAGAUAUAGAAUUCCUCUACGAACAAAACAACAAUACUUUGGUGAGGAAGUUGGAGGAAAUCCGAAAGGAACUGGGAAAAACUGAUGCUUCUCUGAAAGAAGCAAUUAAAGGUAAUGACCCUAGUUCAGUGAAGGCAGCACAGGAAGACUUGGUGAGAAUCAAUCAGAGAUUGUCAUCUAUUGAAGUUAUCGAUGAAAAUACCAAGAACAUUAAAAUGCAGAUAGUUGACCAAAUAACUUGGCUGUACAAGUACAUGAAUGAUUCAACGAAGAAAGGGAGUCAGUCUGAUUUAACGAAAGCACAGGUGACGUACGAAGAACUUAUCAAAAAUAUUGCCAGUGGAAAAACAAAAAACAAGGAUGAUAUAAAAGGCAAACUUGAAAGUCUCCAGAGUUUUGUCAACACCAUUGAUGACGUAGAUGAAAGCGAAGAAAAGAAGAAAAAACAGCUUCUCAUCAACAUCAACGAUUCUGUCUCUUCUCUAACUGGUACUGAGAAGAAGGAACUCAAUAGUGAGCGAGAAGAUAAAUCUAUUUUGAAAAAAAAAACCUCCGUUGAUAUACUGAAAGAAGUGAAACAAUUUUGCGAUUCCGUCGAAAAAACCAUCAAACUAGUGAAAUUCACUGAACAAGAAUUUAACAACUUGAUGACAAUUUUAGGAAAUGCGGUGCGAUCUAUAGAAACAAGUCGGGAAAACAUAUCGCCUGUUAAGCCAAAGUUGAACAAAGUGCUGAACUAUUCUUCUCCUGAUUUGACAACUUCAAAUAAGAGCCAGAAUGACUUCAAAAGCAAAUCCAAUACUUUUGAAAAUGUUAAGAAAGCGGAAAAAGGUGCAAGUGAUCUGGUGACGUCCAAAGAGAAAAUGAAAAAAGAGCAAGGGAAGCUAGAUAAAACGAUGAAGAGAGAAACUCAUCACAUUCGAGAUGAAAACUGUUUUUCUGUUGUGGAUCAGAUUAGAACACAAGUCAACUAUAUUAAAGAAAAAAUUGGAGAAAUUGAGGACGACACCCAUGUGAGGAAUAAACUCGCUUCCUUCAGAAAAACUCUCCAGGCCUACUUCAAUCACAAUAACCAAACAAUUGCCAAUAAUGCAAAAAUAGUCUCGCUAGAUAUUCAAAAAUUAUUGACAAAUAUUUCGAACAGUCAAGACUUGAAGCAAGUAUAUUCAUUCGGGAAGAUUGAAACCAUUCACGAAUGUUUCGAACACAUGAAAAAAGUUGUUGAAGAAUUUUUUGAUAAGAAAGAAAGUGAUGCGUUUGAAAUGAUCAUAAAACAGUUAUUGGCAUGUAAGCAGUAUUUAACAGAGAAUAAAAAUAUCACAGGUGAGCAGAAAGACGAAAUAUCUAAAAAACUACGAUAUCUGAUGAAAGUUAUGGAAAAAAAGGCAAGUAUCCAAGAAACAUUGACGGCUCUCAAAGAAAAAGUGAACAGAUUUUCAGGAGCUUACAAAGGUGUUCUUUAUAAUAAAAUUGAAAAAGAUUUGAAUAAAAUAAUCAUAGAUGCCAGUGAGCAUAUAGACAAUAAGACAAUAUCCGACGAAGUAACUAGACAAGCUGAAAAGCAUUUGAAAAUAUUGGAACACCGGGCAACAAGGGAUCAAAGUUUCAGAAGAGCGAUAAGUGAAAGGCCGAUAGCAAUAGACGAUGAAAAAAUUAUGAAACUGAGAGCAGAAGUAGAAAAUAUUAGGAAUGACAUGGAAAUUGUUGCCGGUAACGAUGUUGAUUCUUUCAUGCAUUUAAAGUCUCGUUUAGAUCUUGUUAUAUUAGAACUUGACCAACUAAAAAAAUUGAACGAAAACGAAGAGCAGAUGAAGACUUCAAUACAAAAUGAGGUCGAUGCCCUCAAGAUUAUAGUGGACGCAAAAAUAUCAACAGCUUUGGAGAAUCGCAACAUCCUCCUAAUGAAAAAAGACGAAGCUAGUGAAGGUAAAUAUACAGAACGAUUAGAUAAAAUUGAAAGAGGAUUAGAUGAACUCAGGAGUGAAAUUGAAAAUUUCGUGGGAACCACUUCCGAUAAUAAAUUUUACGAACUGGAUGAGUGUGCUAUCAGAAUAAUUCUGAAAAUAAAUGAUAUGGGGACCUUUCCUGAAGGUGGAGAGUUAUAUAAUAAAAAAGUUAAACUUUCAGAAGAAGCUAUGCAUUGUAGUAAGAUGCUGAGCCAAAGAGCGAAUGAAACUGAAGAGCUCAUCAAUUUCGAAAGGAGAAUCAGUGAUAUCGAAAAUAAUUUCGACCACUACACAAAAUCGACGAAAGACUUGGAAAAAUUAGCAGAGCACAUCGAAAUUGUGAAACGAGACCUACAAAAAACGAACUUCAACAAGAACUUGAGGGAGAGAAAACAGAGUUGUGUUGAGCAGAUAGAUAACGUUGUGAAAAAAAUAGAUGAAAGAAAUGAUAAUGAGAAAGUUGAAGCUACUGAUUCUAAAACUUCAAUGAAUAUUGAGAAUGCUACUGAGAAACAAAUCAAGACUACUACAGAAGAUAAAGUGCAUCAGCAAGUUAUGAACGAAAAACAAUCCAAGGAUACAUAUAUUGGUAGUACUGCAUUCUUGAAAGAUAUCGAACGGAACAAAAUUGGAAAAAUCACAACUGAGGAGCAAGAACUUGAUAGAAUUGAAGAACAAACUGAAAAAAUUAUUGGAAAAAUUGCAGUCUUCGAUAAUUCCGAUACGAGUGAGGAGUAUCAGCAGCUUGAAGAUGAUAUAUUGAAGCUGAACGUGAAAUUGAACCUCCUGAACAUCAAGAAAGAAGACGUCCUUGAUGAUAGAAAGAAGGAUGUUGAACAGAAAAUUUCAAACUGCCUAGACUAUUUAGACAAACGAAUGCAGGCCUUAGAAAUUAUAUCUAGCAUAGAAAAUGAAUUAGAGAUUGUGAAUAAAAAAAUAAAAAAAUGCUCUACAAAAGAAGAGAACAAUAAGUUAAAUGAAAAACUUAUCGAACUCCAAGUCAAGUUGGGAAGAGUUCAGUUGGAUGAUGAGCCUAACAAGAGGAAAAUGUUGUGUCAUAAGAAAAUUAAAAAUUAUUUGAUAAAGCUCAAGGAAGGCACUAAUAUUAUUCAUGAUACAACCAUUUGAAUUGUUGUUUGACCGAAUUAUCUCCAAUAUUUGUUCCACAAUAGAAUAAAAACUUGAUACUAUUGUCAUUUUCAUAAGACAUGGUUGAUUUCAAUAAUAAUUUAUUCAUGUAUUUAUAUUUA